AUGGCUUCGGAUCAAUCCUCAGAUACCCAGACAGAGGCGGCUCAACCACCUCCGAAACGCAAACUUCCACCAUGGCUAGACCACUUCAACACCCACGAUCUCAAAAUCUUUAUCCGCUGCUGGAUCGCGAUCUGGGUCAUGAUGCUCCUAAUUUUCAUCCACCCAUCCCUCGUCGAACUCGGCCAAGCAACCUUUCUCGGCGCAAUUCUUCUGUUUGCAGUGCCACCAGCCAGCAUCGUUUUCAUCUACCUUCUCGGCGCGUUCUCACUUCUUUUGGGUAUGUGUCUAGCAUGGUGCUGGGGGCUGUUGACUAUGAAAGCUGCACUGGCUGCAAGACCUGAUUCCCAAACGACUGCUUUGUUGGGGGAGUUGCAGACGCAAGCUGUGCGGAAUGCACAGAGUACAGGACAAAGUCCGACCUGGGAGGCGCAGAUUUUGAUUCAUAAUGGGUUUAUGCUUGAUGCGAGGGUUACAACUGUUUUUAUGUGUUUGGGCUGUUUGUUUAUCUAUGCGUUGGCAAGAUUGAGGUGUGCGAAUCCGAAAACUGUGGUUAUGCAGAUCUUUGGGACGAUUGUUACAGAUAUCUUCAUUCUGUUUGGUCCCGGACUUCCGAGAUUUACGGGAGACGUUGCUCGAGUGCUUGUUCUGCCUGGCGCUGUUGGAAUUGGUCUAGGUUUGGUGUGCUGCUUAUUCUUGUUCCCGCACUCAACCUCGCAUGUUGUUCUCAGUGGCCUUGAAAGGCUUGUUCGCAUGUCGAACCAAGCGAUCGUCUUCACAAAAAAGGGUUUACAAGGAAACAGUAGCCCACUUGCACAACUUCAGGCUAGUAGAGCUGGUAUGAUCUCAGCCUUCAAAGCCGGACAACCCCCUAUCGCAUUCCUCCCACUGGACUUCUCCCGCGGUCUCUGGGGCGCGGACGACAUCAAAGGUCUACAUGAACGCGCGCGCAGGGUUAUGUACACAAGUCUUUACCUCAUCGAUUUCCAGAUCGGUCGCGUUCGAAGCCAACACAAAGAAGAAGAGCACAGAAAGGCUGAAGCAGAUGGCCACCUUGGACCAGUCAUUGGGACAGAGAAAUACGAAAUUGGUCGUCGUCAGCGACAAGAAACUGUAACUCUUCUGAGUGCUUUCGAAAGACCAGAAGGCGCUGAACUGCGCAGCAAGACGAAGAACACACUCUUGGAAACACUGGCCGAGGUCAUGGAGAUCGGACCACAGGCAGUCAAUCUCGCAGCUGAUUAUAUCAAGGCCGUGAAUAACUGUCGCUGGGUCAGAAAGACUUCGCCCGCACGAUUCGAAGAACUUAAUCGAAAUCUUCACGAUCUUCUUGCUCGAUCUCGAAUUGCUAGAGAGGCAUGCAUCGUCAACACAACGAAAGGCGUUCUCGAAGCACACGCAGAAUUAUUUGACGCCAAUGGGAAACUGAAACCGAUUGAAGGAACCGAUAGGCCUUUUCUUCCCAGUUUGGUCAUCGCUAUGGUUCUAGAGGAGCGAAUGCUCGGUUGGAUAACAGCAGUGGAAAAUCUCCUAGAAUACAUCCUCAAUCUCUCCGAGAAGCACACAAAAGUUCGAUUUUGGGUACCUUCCCGCAUCCAAUACGCUGUAUCCUGGCUCUUCCACGGGCAGAUCACAUAUCCAGGUCACGACGUCGCCGCAGAAGAAGAUCCAGAUAAACUAAUGGACGGCCAAACCUUUGACGAACAAGCUAAGGAGACAAGACGAAGAUUAGAAGUAAGCCGCGGCUACAAAGGGUCCUCCGCAAGACGAAAUAAGUUCAGUCGCGUUCUUAUGGCGACGUACAAUUGGUUUACGAAUCCAGCCGGUAUGUACGCUUUGCGAAUGGUAGUCGUGACAGUAGCGACAUCCAUACCAGCCGUCAUUCCCCACACCGCAGGCUUCUUCUACCGAGAAAAAGGAAUUUGGGCAGUCAUCAGCGCUCAGACAGUUCUUUUAGUCUACCUCGCCGACUUUACAUUUUCCCUCGUCGCCCGAACAGCAGGGACUAUAGUCGGCGGUGUGAUCGGUAUGGUAACGUGGUACAUCGGCGCAGGAAGCGGAAUAGGAAACCCCUACGGCAUGGCAGCAGCAACAGGCGUCGCUAUAAUUCCUCUUCUUUGGUGGCGUCUGUUUCUCCCUCCUGCAUUCCAAUUCGCUACUAUCAUGGCAGCUGCGACGUUUUGUCUUGUUAUCGGGUUUAGUUGGGACCAUGACCAUAUCGUGCAGUAUGGUAUUCCAGGGAAAGGCUACGAAGCAUUUUGGAAACGAGUCGUUACUGUCCUGAUUGGUUUCUUGGCAGCGUUUAUUGUGCAGUUGUUUCCGAGUCCGCCUUCUGGGACUACGCAUGUGUGCAAAACGCUCGCCAAUUCCGUGCGCAGCUUGUCGGAUCACUACGCGCUCUUGAUCUCCCACUGGGGUCGUACUGAUAGGAACGGCGCUUUGGGUGCAGUCGCCGAGAACGUUUCUAUCGAAGUCGCAGAAGUUCUCCUCGCGUUGAGUCCCUCCAUCGCUUUACUAAAAGGCGAGCUUAGUUUCGGGCCCUUUGACCAAAAAGUCCUUCUACGAACAAAAGAACAACUCCAAUACAUGAACCAAGCCCUCGGCGGUUUACUAAACCUCGCAUCCACCCUCCCCAAAGAACUCCAAGACCGUCUCGUCCGCGUCGCAGGAAUUCUCGACGACCGCUCCAUAGGCGAUAUAAUGGCCGUCCUAGCCAUUAUUGAACAAGCUCUACGAACAGGGUCUCCUCUUCCAGAAAGGUUACCUGCGCCUUUAAUUAGGCGGGCGACGGAUUUGGUGCAGAGUCAGGGUGAUGAGGUUAUCUUGACGGCGAGCUUGGUUCAGGAUGAGAAUCAUCGACGGUAUUGUGUGGCUGUUACUUUGUAUUUGAAGUUUCUUGGGAGUGUGGAUGAUUUGUUGAUUGUGCUUAAGGAAGCUUUGGGGGAGAGACAUAUUAUUUAUCAGUGGAAUGAUAUGAAGGAGAUUGUUUGA